AUGCAGCGGCAGUCGCUGGGCUCGCCGUCGUCGAAGGACGAGAAACUGUCCUUCGAAGCGCAGAAACAAUCUCCCUCUCAAUCGUCGUCACUAUCGUCCUCUGAUUCUCCGUACGUAGAUCGAGACGACGACGAGGCGGCGAAGAAGAAGAAGAAGAAGGCGACGGCGGCGAUUGGGGCUGCCGGCGUUGAUAAGCAUCAAAGCUACAUUCAUCUGAUUCCGAUGCUUACUCUCAUCUGCUUUCUCAUCCUCUACCUAGCAUCUCACGAUCCCUCUCAAAAUGAUUUGGCUCAGUUCAAUUUUCCUGGUACUGUCUCCAAUGCCGGAGAAUUGCAACUAAUAAAGGAGAUAAAUAAAGGCGAAAUAAUGGCGAUACAGAGGUUAAAGAUCUUGGAGACGACGGAGCUUGGCACGGCCAAGCAGCGGCUGCUCCACCGCAAAAUUGCUCAUUUUUAG